AUGAAGGUGUAUACAGCCACUUUUAUCGCGUCAUCGUUGAGUGGCAUUGCACUGGUGCUAUCGCUGCUAGCCAUCAGCCAGUUAUGUCAGGAUGUUAACUCAAUAUGGAAUGAACUGGAUCGUGAGAUGAUGACUUUUAGAGAUGUCACAAAUGAUCUGUGGGCUGAUAUAAUGAAACUUGGCAAACAGUCGGGAAGAGCGAGACGUCAAGCUGGUAACAACGGAAAAGACGAAAAAGUGAAAGCUGGCCUCAAAUCAAAGGGCGAAGUGGUCGCUGAGAGCAGUAAUGGUACUGAUGAUCGUCAAGAAACGGCACGUUCGGCUGACGUGAGCGGAAGCACGACCAGUUCGGAUGCUAACAAAUGCGUUGGUAAGCAUUGCUCGAAGCAACCAAUCAAGGGAUGUGUUGGCUCAGCAUGUGCUUCGUUCAACCAAGCAUCUGGAGUUGGUGGCCUUGGAAGAGAUGAAGCGCCAGGUACUCCAUACGAUACACAAGCUCCGGCCGGACCUCCAGCUGGUAACGGAUGUAACUGUCAGAUCAAAAACAACAAAUGCCCCGCGGGUCCACCAGGGCCAAAGGGAGCAUCAGGACCACCGGGUAGCAAUGCACCACCUGGAAUCGAUGGAGUUGCUGGUAAAGGCAGCGAAGAUAUAACUCUCGAUCUACAAGCUACUCCGGCUUGCUACUAUUGUCCAGCAGGACCAGUCGGACCACCGGGAGCUAUGGGACGUUCAGGACCUCGAGGAAUGCAAGGCGCGAAUGGAAUGUUAGGACAUCGCGGGAUGGAUGGUCAACCUGGAUUCCCUGGAGACAGGGGAGAUUCAGGGCAAGAAGGCCUAAAAGGCGUAACUGGGUCACCAGGCGCCAAAGGCUUUGAUGGACGUAAACCAAUGGGUGGACCUGGACCAAAAGGUAAAACCGGACCACCAGGCAAUGCGGGCGAGCAAGGUGAUUACGGAAAUGACGUUUUAGCCGGACCUGAAGGUCCUGCGGGCAAACAAGGGCCACCUGGUCCACCUGGCCCAGAAGGACCUGACGGUGUGACUGGUCCAAUUGGUCGACAUGGAAAGACUGGACGCGAUGCGGAA